UUCGCCUAUACAAUCUCUCUGCAGUUUGGAAAAACAUGAAGGAGAAUGCAAUCAUGAGUGCGGUAAUAGUGGCGUGAAACUUCGAUCAUAUUAUCUCAGUCAUUGGUGUACAGGCGAACCCAUGCAACAUAGCACAACGGUACCGUGUAAUAGGUUCUGCUACAACAACGGGGCCCCAAUGGACGGUUUUUGCAAUUGUCACACUCCUUACAGCGGAAAAUGCUGUUCUGAGUGUAAGGCCAAGGAUUGCCUAUUGAGUGAGUGGGGAAGUUGGUCAGAGUGUGUUCCUGAUUGCGGGGGUUAUAGGACACGUAGACGGAAUGUCAUACGAGAAGCACAAUGCGGGGGUUCACCUUGUUCUGACAAAAUCACGGAAGAACUUAAAUGUGAACAAAUUUGCUUAAAUGGCGGCAACCUUCUUGCUGGUCAAUGCCAGUGUGUUAUGCCAUAUAGUGGUGAUUGCUGUGAAAGUUGUCAUGCGGUAGAUUGUAAGUGGAGUGAAUGGAAUGAAUGGACAAUUUGUGAGCCAUCUUGCGGUGGUAGUCGUCAACGAACGAGGGUGAGGGAAGAAUUAAACCCUGCGGUGUGUGGCGGUGGUGCAUGUGUGGGCUCAAAUACAGAAUAUAAAGACUGUGAAUCUAUAUGCUAUAACGGCCAAGUAUCUGCUGAGGGGCAUUGUGUCUGUCAAGAUGACUAUACAGGUCUUUGUUGUGAGGUAUGUAUGCCACUUAAUUGUAGUUGGGGAUCCUGGAAUGAGUGGUCAACUUGUGAACCAGCAUGUGGAAACAAUAGGCAUAGGACUCGUCAACGAAUCUUAGAGGGCCAGUCAAGAUGUGGGGGUACCUGUUCUGGUCUUCCAGAAGAAUCAGAGACGUGUGAUACGGUUUGUCAAAAUGACGGGAGUCCAAUGGAUGGAUACUGCUCAUGUACAAGUCCAUUUUCUGGAAAUUGUUGUGAAAAUUGUGCUCGGGUAGAUUGCAAAUGGAGUUCAUGGGGAUAUUGGUCGGCUUGUAAUCCGGAAUGUGGGGCUGUCAGAAAUAGAACUAGAACAAUGUUGAUUGCACAAAACUCACAAUGUGGUGGAACAAAAUGUGGACCACAACCAUCAGAAAUAUCUUUAUGUCCUCCAAUAUGUUCGCAUGGAGGAACAGCAGAUGGCAAUGUUUGUAACUGCACACCAUCGUAUACAGGAGAUUGUUGUGAAAUAUGUGUCGCUAUUGAUUGUGUCUGGUCUGACUGGAGUGCUUGGUCAAAUUGUGAACCAGAAUGUGGACCUAAGAGAAUACAGACGCGAACAAGAACUAUACUCACUCCAGAAUGGUGUGGUGGGUUAGGAUGUCCUGGAGAAACAACUCAGAAUCAAACAUGUUCACCAGUUUGUUUCAAUGGGGGUACACCAACUAAUGAUACCUGUGGUUGCCUUCCAUGGUUUAGAGGUGAAUGUUGCGGAUCGUGUCAACCCAGUGAUUGUAAAUGGGAGGAGUGGCAAGAAUGGACAUCUUGUCAUCCUCUAUGCGGCAUGAAUCGACAAAAGACACGAAUCAGAACAAUUCUUGCUCAUGCAACGUGUGAUGGACUCUGCCCUGGUUCAAGUAAAGACAGUAUGAGCUGUAACGAUACAUGCGAGAAUAACGGUACACCUAUGAAUGGUUACUGUUUAUGCCAAGAGCCAUAUUCUGGACAAUGCUGUGAGAAAUGCAUUCCCACAGAUUGUGAAUUGACACCGUGGAACCAAUGGUCGGGGUGCUCUCCAAACUGUGGUGUCAAUAGAACUCGAACAAGGACGCGAUCAGUAGAUCGUGAAGCUGAAUGUGGUGGAUUGGAAUGUGAGGCUAGUUUAUUCGAACAGGAAUCAUGCUUAUCAUUGUGUUAUCAUGGCGGUGUGGCUGAAGACGACGGAUGUCAAUGUCACACUCCUUAUACAGGAGAUUGCUGUGAGUCUUGUGAAGCAGUAGACUGUAAGUGGACAGAAUGGAGCUCUUGGGGCAGUUGCUUACCGGUUUGUGGAAAUAAUAGGCUUCAGUCCAGGAAAAGAUUUUUAAAGAAACCAAGUGACUGUAGGGGAAAGUGUUUAGGAAAUAAUAUCUCUACCCGUCCGUGCGAAUCAGUUUGUUUCAAUGGCGGAAAACCUAUUUCGGAAAGUAGUUGUCAGUGCCCGACUCCAUACACUGGGGCAUGCUGUGAAACAUGCAUUUCGGUUAAUUGUACAUGGGGACCUUGGGGAGAUUGGUCAUCCUGCCAACCAAAAUGUGGAAACAAUCGUCAAAGACAACGAAAACGGAUUAUGGAAAGGCAUCCUGUAUGUGGAGGAACUUGCACUGGUUCUCCAACUGAAAUUGAAGACUGUGAAUCCCUUUGCUAUAAUAAAGGAACACCUAUGCAUGGCUAUUGUCUCUGUCUGUUUCCAUUCUCACCAAUAUCAUGUUGUAAAUCUACAAAUGGCGAUCCGUGUAUUUAUCAUUCUGUUUUAAAUAAUCCAUGGAGGAGUGUCGGUAACUCAGAAAUAAUCAACAGUUCAUGUGACACAGGAUUUAACUCCGACACUUGGUAUCGGUUCAGAGGUGCUGGUGGAGACCAGAUGAGUGAAAAGUGUACCACUGUCAACACAUGUGGCGUAAAGUUUCCGAUAUGGUUAAAUGGUAAACAUCCAACUACGCCUGGGCAGAACGUAGAGCGUCAAGCAUGUGCAAGUGCCAGUAAAGACGGAGUCACAAAGUGUUGCGAAUACAAGACAAUCGUUACAAUUAGAAAAUGUUCCGAUUUCUUUGUUUACCAGUUUCAUGCUACCCGUACAUGUGAAGAGGGUUAUUGCAUUGGGGAAGAAUCACCUUGCCCAUCGGGAACAACUUCUCUGAAUGGAUACACUCCGAAGUGUUUUGCCCCGCCUCCGAAAAUUGAUAAGCAGCCGCAGUUGUAUUUAGAGGAGACGUAUAGUGGGUUUUAUCUGCUGUGUGUGUUCGAGUAUCCCGACCAUCAAAACGUCUCGUUCGAUGUGAUUUGGUCAUCUGAGAAGGAUGAGCUUCACCAAGAAACGUUAUUUGAAUCAAGGAAUGCAACACUGCCUGGUGAAAUGAUUGAUGUGAACCACCUUCUGAUUUACUGUAAAAUCACAGCUAUGUUCAUCUACCCGGAUGGGACAGUUAAAAGCACGCCCUCGUCGGCUGUCAGCAGCAGAAGCAUUCUACUUAGUGUAGAGGAACUGCAAAGCCCGGCAAGUGAACCAACGGCUGCAAGCAUUUUCAGUAAUAGCAACUCAGAUAUCUCAAACAAUAGAAGCCUGCCUAUUGGUGUCAGCAUUGGAGUGGUCGUUCUAUUAUUACUUUUUGCUGUUACCCUGUGUUUUGUCAUUUUUAGGGAAAAAAGAAUAAGAGCGCCCUCGUCUAAGUUGUUCUUUUUGAAUAAAAAUAGAGGUGGAUCGUCUGAAAAUAUUUAUUCAGAAUCAGAAGAAGAUAAUUGUAAUACAAUGCUUUAGCGGAAAUCUUUGGUCUAAAGUUGUGCUCUAAAGUAGUGGUAUGUGCCCGGAUUUGCACGACAGCCGGCAGAUAUGCUUGAAGUGGUGGGGGGCUGAUUUGUUGUUCUUCCACUUUUUAAAAAUAUAUAUAUUCCAAUGUUUUCACCUUGUGUGAAAAUUCAGUAUAUUGUGAACAAGUUGUGAAAUUGUGGGGUUUUUUUGUUUUUUUUUAGCGAUAUUGGCCCAUGAUGGCUUUCAAA